CUGCCCGACGCGCUCGACUGGCGGUCGCGCGGCGUCGUCUCCGAGGUGAAGAACCAGGGCCACUGCGGCUCCUGCUGGACGUUCUCGACCGUCGGUGCCCUCGAGGCGCACCUCGCGCUCAAGCAGGACGCCUGGCGCGCGCCGCGCCUCAGCGAGCAGCAGCUCGUCGACUGCGCGGGCGCCUUCGACACCAAGGGCUGCGCCGGCGGCCUGCCGAGCCACGCCUUCGAGUACGUCAAGUACGCGGGGGGCCUCUCGACGGAGUUCUCCUACCCCUACCGCGGCGUCGACCAGGCCUGCGCCUUCAACGCGACCGCGUCGUCUUCGGGCCUGCCGACGAGCGCCGGCGUCGGCGUCGUCGUCCCCGGCGGGAGCGUCAACAUCACCAAGGGCGACGAGGCGGCCCUCAAGUACCACCUGGCGACGAAGGGGCCCGUGUCCGUCGCGUUCCAGGUCGCGUCCGACUUCCGCGACUACGCUUCGGGCGUCUACUCGUCGACCGUGUGCAAGAACGGGGCCAUGGACGUGAACCACGCGGUCCUCGCCGUCGGCUACGGCACGGACCCCGUCUCGAACAUGACCUACUGGACCAUCAAGAACUCCUGGGACUACUCGUGGGGAGACGAAGGGUUUUUCAAGAUGGAGUCGUUCGUCAACAUGUGCGGCGUCGCGAACUGCAACGCGUACCCGGACCUCUACGGCGCGUGA